AUGAGCGGCCCAUUAAAGCUAAAGUUGAGUCUCAAGACAAAUGGAGGAAUGAAUGCAUCGCCGGGACCUUCUACACCUAACACACCAUCAGUUUCCACACCUGGCGGAUCCAAACCAAAAAUAAAGAUCAGCAGUAAACCUGCGGGAUCACCCCCUCUUCCAUCUGCGUCUAGCUCAUCGCAACCAAAGCCUACAAAAGCAGGUCGAGCACCUAAACCCACACAAAAGCUCGCAGAUUCGCGCAAGAGAGUUAAGAAAGAAGACGAUAGUGGCGAUGAAACCAUCUCUGUUAUACCAAGGAAACCGAACCUUCACGAUGAACCUGCGAAGAAGAAAGUCAAGAUUAGUAUCAAGCCAAAAACGCCUUCUAUGGCUGGUAUUAAUCAUGGACUUCCAAAGACACCAGUUAUGAUGAAGGCUAAAAUCAAGGGCAAACCACCGAAAAGACCUCUUGGAGAAGGCUAUGACUCUGAAGCCAGCGAUACGGAGAAAGACCCUUCCAUCGAAGAAGCGUUUAUCUUUCGAAUGAUUCCCGGUGACGAUUGUGACUACCUACGAACAUGCAUCGCCGAGAAAAAAAUGGGUGUCAAUCCAAAAGUCGGAGGUGCAGAUGUGCAAAUGAAAUUCUUUCAUGCCGAAGGUAGACGAGCUGCUGUUAUUAUCCGUGGAAACGUCUAUGCUGCUACUCUUGUCGACUUGCCAUGCAUCGUUGAAGGAAUGAAGAGUUGGGAUAAAAGAGGAUGGUAUAAAAGUGCGGAUAUAUGUCAAAUGCUUUGGAUUUAUCAAAGGGUCGAGGAUGAAGAUGAGGCCAAAACAGCUCCCUUGCCCUCAAUUAUCGAUCCACAGACUUUUCAAUAUCCACAUGGUCUCACUGCUCCAAUGCAUUUGGCACGAAAACGGCGUUUUAGGAAACGUAUUAGUAGAACUGCGAUCGAGGCUGUAGAGGAAGCUGUUGAGAAACUUCUUGAAGAUGACAAAAAGGCUGUAUCUUCAGAAUACAAAGUUAUUUCCCCAGAAAGAGAACAAAGUAGUCAAGUGUUCAGUCCAGGAAGUUAUGGUGAUGAAGGAGAAGAUCAAUAUUCCGAAGAUGAAGAUGCUGAAGGAGAAGCCGAUGAUGGUGGUUACUUCUCUCAAAUUAAUAACGGCGAUGGUGCCGUGUCUGGGGAUGAAAUGGGCGGGGAUCUCGAAGCUGAUCUCGCAGCAGAGAUGGAAGCCGAAUUGGAAGCAGGGGCAGGCUUUGAAGAUAUUGCUGCUACUCCCAUGUCUAUGUCAGGUGUCGCAGCCACUCCUAUGCUACUAGGCGAGACCCCAGCUCCCAACGAAGAAGAUGAUAGCGGUGAUGAAUCAAUUGAAGAUGGGGAAAGUGGAGAUGAAGGAAGCGAAGCGGAUGAUGUUGAUGACGAUGAAAAAGCACGCCUGGCCCAGCUUCAAGAAGCCAAAGAAGAUAUCGUGGAUUUGGAGAAACAGAUUGAAGGCCUCCAAGCACAAUUGGCAGCUCAGAACAAUCCAAUUCUACGCAGGAGAAUCGAAGAUAAAUCCAGAAAGCUUAAGGCUGAGUUGGAGAUCAAGAAAUCUUCGAUUGGGGAGGCAGAGGAUGAUUAG